AUGCUGCAAUCCGACAAAUUCGACGUUCUGGAGGAAGCAUACGAUGGCGGCCUCCCCUUGAGCGACGACUUAUCUGGAUUUGGUUCGUCGUCCACGAAAACACAGUUUUGGGCAGAUUCUAUACCGCAAAAACAGGGUCUGUACGAUCCAGAAUAUGAACGCGAUGCGUGCGGUGUAGGUUUCGUGGCCAACAUCAAGGGAACACCUUCACAUAAAAUUGUCUCUGAUGCCCGUUAUCUACUGUGCAACAUGACGCACAGAGGUGCUGUGUCGUCAGGUGGAAACGGUGACGGUGCUGGUAUUUUGGUUGGUAUCCCCCACGAAUUCAUGAGACGCGAGUUCAAGCUCGAGCUUGACAUCGACGUUCCAGCCAGACACCAGUACGCCGUGGGCAAUUUUUUCUUCAAAAAAGACUCCAGUGACUCUUUAGAAGUUGGUAAACGUGUUUUCGAAGAAAUUGCAACGUCACUGGGACUAACGGUCUUGGGCUGGCGUUCGGUCCCCCGCGAUUCUUCUCUAUUAGGCGCAGUUGCUCUUUCGCGCGAACCUGCUAUUCUACAGCCAUUGGUAGUCCUCACAGCCGCUUAUCAAGAACAGGGUCAGAUUUCUGACGAAGAAUUCAAAUCAAAGUACGACGUCGAGUUUCAGACUCUCCUCUAUGGUCUACGGAAAAAAUCAACAUCCGCGAUCGGCAUACAAAACUGGUUUUACGCCUGUUCUUUGAAUACCAAAACCAUUGUUUAUAAAGGCCAGCUGACUCCAACUCAGGUCUAUCAGUACUAUCACGAUUUGACCAAUGCCCAUUUCGAGUCCCACAUGGCUCUAGUACACUCUCGUUUUUCCACGAACACCUUCCCAUCCUGGGACAGAGCCCAACCGUUGCGUUGGAUUGCACACAAUGGUGAAAUCAACACGCUCCGUGGUAAUAAAAAUUCGAUGCGGUCUCGUGAAGGUGUUAUGUCUUCGGACACUUUUAAAGAAAAUCUCGAACAGCUUUACCCCAUUAUCGAGGAGGGGGGCUCCGACUCCGCUGCCCUUGAUAACGUGUUGGAACUACUGGUGAUCAAUGGUGCGCUAUCGCUGCCAGAAGCAAUCAUGAUGAUGGUUCCAGAGGCGUACCAUAAAGACAUGGAUUCCAAUUUGAAGGCUUGGUUUGACUGGGCCGCUUGCUUGAUGGAGCCUUGGGAUGGUCCAGCCCUUCUCAACUUUACAGAUGGGCGUUACUGUGGUGCGAUGCUUGACAGAAACGGUCUACGGCCUUGUCGUUACUACAUCACCUCUGAUGACCGUGUUAUCUGCGCUUCCGAGGUUGGUGUAAUUCAAGUCGAUAAUUCGUUGAUCGUUCAAAAAGGAAAGUUGAAGCCAGGCGACAUGCUUUUAGUUGACACUGAGCUUGGGCAAAUGGUAGACACUAAGAAGAUGAAGUCUCAGUUCGCCAAAAAGCAAGACUUCAAGUCAUGGCUUUCUAAGUUAAUCAAAGUAGAGGACCUACUGGUGAAAACCGAAAAAUUUACGCCUAAAACGUUUUUGAGCGAAGAACAUGCGUCUUUGAAAGCUCAACAAGAUCCCAGACUUUUAGCACUAGGUUACACUUUUGAACAGGUUUCCAUGGUCCUUGUACCAAUGGCUCUCGGGAGCAAGGAAGCACUGGGAUCUAUGGGAAACGACGCGCCUUUGGCGUGUCUGAAUGAAGAUCCAGUCUUGCUUUAUGAUUAUUUUAGGCAACUUUUUGCUCAAGUCACUAAUCCUCCUAUUGACCCCAUUCGUGAGGCUAACGUUAUGUCGUUGGAAUGUUACGUGGGACCUCAAGGUAACCUGCUAGAAGUCCAUCCAUCUCAAUGUGACCGUCUGCUUUUGAAAUCUCCAAUUCUGCAUUGGAAAGAAUAUGAAGCUAUCAAAAACAUUGAGAAAGCUCAUCCAGCUUGGUCCACGGCCAACAUCGACAUCACAUUUGAGAAAUCACAAGGUCUACUUGGUUACACCGCUGCACUAGACCGUAUAACCCAAGAUGCCUCAGAUGCCAUUGAUCAAGGUAAGCGCAUCCUGAUGCUUUCCGAUAGAAAAUUGGGUGCCCACCGCGUUCCAUUGUCUUCCUUGAUCGCUGUUGGUGCAAUCCAUCAUCAUUUGAUUAGGAACAAACAACGUUCACAGGUCGCAUUAAUUUUAGAGACGGGUGAAGCUAGGGAAGUUCAUCAUUUCUGUGUUCUUUUAGGUUAUGGUUGCGACGCAAUCUUCCCUUACUUGGCAAUGGAGACUUUGGUGAGAAUGAACCAGGAGGGUCUGGUGCGGAAUGUUGAUAAUGAAGACCUUGUUAUCGAUGAUUCCACAUUGUUGGAAAACUACAAGCAUGCUGUCGACGGCGGCAUCUUGAAGGUCAUGUCAAAGAUGGGUAUUUCCACACUGGCCUCCUACAAGGGCGCUCAAAUUUUUGAGUCUUUGGGUAUAGACAACACUGUCGUCGAUCUCUGUUUCGCCGGAACUGCAUCUAGAAUUCAAGGUGUAACCUUUGAGUACAUUGCACAGGAUGCUUUUUCGAUGCACGAGCGUGGAUUUCCAAGUAGGAAAACAAUCUCCAAGUCGGUCAACCUACCAGAGAGUGGUGAGUAUCACUGGAGAGAUGGUGGAGCAAAGCAUAUCAAUGACCCAACAGCCAUUGCGUCUCUUCAAGAUUCGGUGCGCAAUAAAAAUGAGGAUGCCUGGGAAAUGUACGUCAAGAAAGAAAUGGAAUCCAUUAGAGACUGCACUUUGAGAGGUCUCUUAGAGUUGAACUUCGAAGAUGCUACCCCAAUUCCGCUCGAGCAAGUAGAGCCAUGGACUGAGAUAGCGAGAAGAUUUGCUACGGGUGCUAUGUCUUAUGGUUCGAUCUCCAUGGAGGCCCACUCCACUUUGGCGGUUGCAAUGAAUAGACUGGGUGCCAAAUCCAAUUGCGGUGAAGGUGGUGAAGAUUCUGAGCGUAGUAUUGUACACGCCAACGGCGACACGAUGAGGUCGGCAAUCAAGCAAGUUGCUUCAGCCCGUUUUGGUGUCACUUCGCACUACUUGUCUGACGCAGAUGAGAUUCAAAUUAAAAUAGCUCAAGGAGCCAAACCAGGCGAAGGUGGUGAACUACCAGCUCAUAAAGUCUCCGCUGAUAUCGCCAAGACCAGACAUUCGACGCCAUAUGUCGGUUUGAUAUCUCCUCCCCCACAUCAUGACAUAUACUCUAUCGAGGAUUUGAAACAGUUGAUAUACGAUCUUAAGUGUUCGAACCCAAGAGCGGGAAUUUCUGUCAAGUUGGUGUCCGAAGUCGGUGUUGGAAUUGUUGCUUCUGGUGUGGCGAAAGCCAAAGCCGACCAUAUCCUCGUAUCUGGCCACGAUGGUGGCACUGGUGCAUCGAGAUGGACAGGUAUCAAAUAUGCCGGUUUGCCUUGGGAGUUGGGUCUUGCCGAAACGCACCAAACCUUGGUUCUGAAUGACUUGAGACGCAAUGUUGUUGUCCAGACAGAUGGUCAACUGAGAACUGGCUUUGAUAUUGCAGUUGCAGUAUUGUUGGGUGCUGAAUCUUUCACUUUGGCUACCGUGCCUCUGAUUGCUAUGGGUUGUAUUAUGUUGAGAAAAUGUCACCUAAAUGCAUGCGCCGUCGGCAUCGCUACACAAGAUCCACUACUGAGAGAAAAAUUUAAGGGUCAACCUGAGCACGUCAUCAAUUUCUUUUACUACUUGAUCCAGGACUUGCGUAAAAUAAUGGCAAAAUUAGGAUUCCGCACUAUUGAUGAAAUGGUGGGUCAUUCAGAGAAAUUAAAGAAGCGGGACAAUGUCAACACUAAAGCGAUAAACAUUGACCUUUCCCCAAUCCUUACGCCCGCUCACGUCAUCCGACCAGGUGUCGCAACAAAGUUCACGAAAAAGCAGGAUCAUAAGCUGCAUACGCGUUUGGACAACAAACUAAUCGAUGAAGCUGAAGUAACACUCGAUCGCGGUCUCCCUAUCAACAUCGAUGCUUCAAUUAUCAACACCGAUCGUGCUUUGGGUGCUACUCUGUCUUACAGAAUAUCCAAGAAGUUCGGUGAAGAGGGCCUUCCUCAGGAUACAGUUGUCGUUAAUAUCGAGGGUUCUGCCGGUCAGUCUUUCGGUGCAUUCUUGGCCUCAGGUGUGACAUUCAUCUUGGAUGGUGAUGCCAAUGAUUAUGUUGGUAAAGGACUUUCGGGUGGACGCUUAGUUAUUAGACCACCAUCAGGCUCCAGCUUCAAGAGCGACGAAAACGUGAUUGUUGGUAAUACGUGUUUCUAUGGUGCCACCUCUGGUACUGCGUUCAUCUCUGGUGUUGCUGGGGAACGUUUUUGCGUGCGUAACUCAGGAGCCACUAUUGUUGUUGAGAGAAUAAAGGGUAAUAACGCAUUUGAGUACAUGACAGGUGGACGUGCCGUUGUUCUGUCCCAGAUGGAAUCUUUGAAUGCUUUCUCUGGUGCCACCGGUGGUAUUGCAUACUGUUUGACCUCAGACUACGACGAUUUUGCUGGAAAAAUCAAUAUGGAAACCAUCGAGCUACAAAGCUUAGUUGAUACGGUGGAGAUUGCGUUCGUGAAGAAUUUGAUUCAAGAACAUUACAAUUACACGAAGUCUGAACUUGCUGCUAGAAUUCUGGGCAACUUCAAUCACUACUUGAAGAAUUUUGUCAAAGUCAUACCAACAGAUUACAGAAAGGUUCUAGAAAAGGCGGCGGCUGAGAAGGUCAAACAGAAGGAAGCGAAUACAGCGAAAUUCUUAAAAAGAUUCAAUUCCGGCACGGACUUGAAAGCAGACGCUACUAACGGCGAGGUUGACGGCAUUAGAGACUCCCGAAUCAAAGCCGCUACUGUCAGUCACAAAGCUACACUGACAGAACCAAAGGUACAGGACUUAGAAGACGCCAUCCAGAAUGCGGAUCAAUUAGAGAAGAACGUGGAGAAAAUCGAGAAAACUCGUGGCUUCAUGUUGUACAAGAUUCGUCACGAGAAGUAUCGCGGUACCAAGUCGCGUACGAAGGACUGGAAAGAGCUGUCUAGUUGCCUAACAAAAAAAGAUGCCAAGUAUCAAACUGCCAGGUGUAUGGACUGUGGUGUCCCAUUCUGUACUGCUGAUACUGGCUGUCCAAUCUCCAAUGUGAUUCCCAAAUUUAACGAGCUGGUUUUUAAAAACCAAUGGAAGCUGGCCUUGGACAAACUGCUGGAAACCAACAACUUUCCUGAAUUCACAGGUCGCGUCUGUCCGGCUCCUUGUCAAGGCUCUUGUACUUUAGGCAUCAUUGAUGACCCUGUUGGGAUCAAGUCUAUCGAACGUUUGAUUAUCGAUAAUGGUUUCAAGGAGGGGUGGAUUACGCCCCAAAUUCCAGAGUUCAGGACAGGUCGCAAUGUAGCUGUUAUUGGUUCUGGUCCUGCGGGUUUGGCAUGUGCUGAUCAGUUAAACAGGGCAGGCCAUUCUGUCACUGUUUUUGAAAGAGCCGAUCGCUGUGGUGGUUUGUUAAUGUAUGGUAUUCCAAACAUGAAGCUGGACAAAUCGAUUGUCCAGCGUCGUAUUGAUUUAAUGGCUGCCGAAGGUGUCAGUUUCAUCAACAAUGUGGAGAUAGGAAAAGAUGUUACGACCGAGGACCUCAAGAGCGCACAUGACGCAGUGGUUUACGCCAUCGGUUCCACCAUCCCUAGGGAUCUCAAAAUACCUGGUCGUAGCCUGAAGAAUAUCGAUUUUGCUAUGUCUUUGCUCACGGCCAAUACCAAGGCGUUGCUAGAAAAGGACUUGGAAAUCAUACGCCAACAAAUUGCAGGUAAAAAGGUCAUUGUGAUUGGCGGUGGUGAUACUGGUAACGACUGUUUGGGUACCUCAGUAAGACACGGCGCCGCUUCCGUGUUGAAUUUCGAGCUACUGCCUCAGCCACCUAAUGAGCGCUCGAAGGAUAAUCCUUGGCCUCAAUGGCCUCGAGUCAUGAGAGUUGACUACGGUCACGCGGAGGUGAAGGAGCAUUACGGGAGGGACCCACGCGAGUACUGCAUUCUCUCGAAAGAAUUUAUUGGAAAUGAAGACGGCGAAGUCAAGGCUAUCAAAACCGUUCGUGUGGAGUGGAAAAAGUCAGAGUCAGGAGUUUGGCAAAUGGUUGAAGUCCCAGGCAGCGAAGAAGUAUUCGAGGCUGACAUUGUGCUGUUGUCCAUGGGUUUUAUGGGUCCAGAACUAUUUGAGGAUCCAGAUAUUGUGAAGACCAAGAGAGGAACAAUUGGUACUCUGAACGACGCGUCGUACUCAGUCGAUGGUGGUAAAAUUUUCACUGCUGGUGAUUGCAGACGUGGCCAGUCCUUGAUCGUGUGGGCCAUUCAAGAAGGUAGAAAGUGUGCUACUUCUGUUGAUAGCUUUUUGAUGGGUUCCACGAACCUACCGGGCAACGGUGGUAUUGUGAAGCGUGAUUACAGACUUUUGGAAGAACUAGCAUCCACUGUUGAUGCUUGA